AUGACGACUAACUAUUUAGUGCCAAACACUAAACCAAUUAAUGGAAAUGUAUUUCAUUCAUUCGAAAAGAUAAAUGAAAUAUUCGCAAAGAAUGACGGUAGAAGAUAUUAUAGAGAACUUGAAAGUUCAUGCUAUGACUCUGAUGCUCCAUAUUUUGAUGAUAAACAAACUCAUUUAAGAAUUACAAAUCCGGCUCAUGAUGUGAAUCAAUUAGGUGACACAUAUAUUAAACGCAAAGUUAAAGCAACUCUAGUUUCAAAUAAAGCUUUCACAUGUGAUGCCGCUUUUAAAUGCAUGCGUUUAUUCGUUGGUUACAAAUCAUCAAAUCAAAGCUUUAAACAAUUAGAAGUAGAAACCGAAAGAGGUGAUGCUGGUUAUCUUCAGAUGGAUUGCGCCCGUGAAUCUUUCGCAUUUGCAACAUAUAAACCAAAAUCAGAAAGGAAAGUUAAAAAGUUUGUUCAUUCAUUAUAUAACAAUGCAAAAAUAUGA